AUGGUGAACGUCAAGGUAGAGUUUUUAGGUGGCCUGGACAUCAUUUUUGAAAAGCAGAGAACCCACAAGGUAAAUGUGAAAAGAGAUGGUGAACAAGAGGUUACCGUCGGGAUGCUCAUCGACUACAUUGUUCUCAACAUGAUAAAAAAUCCCAAAGACAAGGAUGUGUUCAUAGAAAAUGAUACCAUUAGGCCAGGCAUUUUGACUCUCAUAAACGAUACAGAUUGGGAGCUUGAAGGCGAGAAAGAUUAUGUACUGGAAGAUGGCGAUAUCGUCUCUUUCACGUCAACGCUUCAUGGGGGUUAG